GCUCAACAUAAGGGUAUUGAGUUCCAGUUAUUUAGGGAUUUUUGGCAGCCUCCAUAUGACCUAUAACAACCCGGACUGUACCCGCUCGGCCAUGGGCCACAUGAAACAUGAAUAUUUGUUUUUACAUGACUCUUACAUAAAGAUCUACUGACCGCCAGUUGAACCCAGGCCAUCCGGUCAGAGUUCAACACUGUUAUCAGGACUGGCCGGCCCCCUUAAUUUAUAACACCGGACAGCGAGAGGUUGUAUAACACUCAGUAGCCGGGAGAGAGAGAGACAGAGAGGGACAGCUCACACAUCUUCAACUUGGGGAACUUCUCUGGAGAUACAAGAAUCAUGGCGGACCAAACGAGGUACUUCGUGUGCGUGCUCCUCCUGACGUCAUGCUGUUGCAUGCUGGGAAGGUCCCGCGCAGAGGAUGUUGGGGAGGCGACCCUGGUGUAUCAGUGGACAAAGUUGGACUAUGACUGGCCAAGCGACGAGAUUCGACAGAAUGCCAUAGCUAACGGGUACGUACCGGAGGACAUCAUCCCCACAGGUAUCAAGGUUCACGACCAGGUGGUGUACCUGACCACGCCCCGCUGGCGGGCUGGUGUACCGGCCUCUCUCAGUUCCGUGGUGGAGACGGCGGACGGGCGGACUGUGCUGCGACCCUUCCCGAGCUGGGAAAUGAACCAGCUCGGCAACUGCUCCGCUCUCCAGUCGGUCCAGAGUAUGGAAGUCGACCCACUGGGACGCAUGUGGAUUGCUGACGUCGGCGGAACCUGUGCACCGAAACUCAUCAUCUACGACAUUAAGACCGACGACGUCAUCAGGAAGUACACGUUUCCCGAUGACGUGGCCAACACGAACACCACGUACCUGAACGACAUCGUGAUUGACACCUCGGCAGACGAUCCGGAGGACUGGUUCGCGUACAUCUCCAACUCACGCAGUCCUGGCGGGAUCGUGGUGUAUGACUACAGGCGGGACUCCUCGCAUAAAGUUUUCCACCCCAGUAUGAGCGUGGAACCGGACGCGACUCUCAUGACGAUAAAUGGGCGGAACUACACCUUUGACGUGGCGAAUGAUGGGAUAGCUCUGUCACAACUGGGAGACAACAUGAAGGUGUACUACUGUGCGCUGAGCGCCUAUAACCUGUACUCCGUCCCGACCAGCGUCAUCAAACAACCCGUGGUGACCGACAUCAGCAGUAGUGUGACUCCUGAAGGGCGUAAGAUUUCCCAGAGCGACGGUCUCGCCGUGUCCCAAGAAGGGAACCUGUACUUCGCGGCCUUACACCUCAACGCCGUGUACGGGUGGGACACGUCAUCAGGAGAUGUGUCCUCGGCACAAGAGCUCGUUUCUGAUGACGUCACCAUGCAGUGGGCAGACACCUUAGCUUUUGAUGACGCGGGUUACCUGUGGUUCCUCGCCAACAGGCUGCACAUGUGGCGCGUGAACGAGUUAACCUUCACGGGUUCAGAGCAAAACUUCCUGGUGUGGAAGGUGUAUGUGGGAGAGAAGUCGUACAUGCACAAAAGUGGCGCGAAGUCCGUGAGGGCUGGCUGGCUGAUGUGUGUAGUGGCAGUAGUGUGUGCCGCCAUUCGUGAAAUUUAAAGAAUUUCAUCUCAUGAGGCCUCCUCUUACUUAAAGUAAAGAAAAAUUGCUGUUGCAGACUAUUACUACAUGUACUGUAUUACAAACUACACCCCAUUUGGUACGAUACUUAAAUGCAUUGUUGUCAUGCCCAACUCUCAUAUCUGCUUACAUACUAGGUCAAUUUCUUUAUACUUCAUUUCCAGACCAAAUUGUCCAUACAUAAUUACUAUAUUGUACGUCACAUACUGCCAUCGAUAAUAUUUUGUACUCAUGACUGUAGAAAAGAUUAGCCUUGCAGCAUUCAUUAAU